CACGGGUGACGGGGGUCAGCGAGGGGAUGAAUGACUGGAGGGAGUUAAAUAUAGUCGAAAUAGCCUCGACUUCAAUAUAUUAGUGACGCGCCUAGUGAGGAGUCUGAGGGAUUCCCGAGUUUUGGUGUGCGCAUGCGCAAAAAGAAUGUGCUGUUCUGUCCCGCCUUUGGGCGUGCUUAUUUGUUUGCGUCACAACCCGGAAGCGAGCGUGUGACAGUCGGCUGUUUGGGUCCGGGGGAUGCGCUGAGUUCGCGGCAUCGAAGUUGUUUAGUCAGCUGACUGCUUGGAGCUUACCCGGCCCCAGGAGAUCCAACAGCGAGUGAGAAUAUUCCAUCAAAAUGACACACUGGUUUCAUCGCAACCCUUUAAAGGCCACGGCUCCAGUGUCUUUUAAUUUCUAUGGGGUUGCCUCCACCCAAGCAGCAUCUAAAAUAUGCAGUGAUUUAAGGAGCACAAGAGCACGUCUGCUGGAAUUAUUCACCGAUGUUACGUGCAACCAUGAGAUGAUGAAAAAUGCUACAGACGCCUACUUCUCUCUGCUUCUGGGCUUUAUUAAUUCCUUGGACGGUGGGACGCAGGACAACAAGCUCCGCUAUAUCCAGAAUUUUAAGUGGACUGACACAUUGCAGGGGACUGCUCCCAGCGCUCAGCAGGAUGCAGUGUAUGAACUGGCAUCAAUGGGGUUCAACGUGGCCCUCUGGUAUACAAAAUACGCCUCAAGAUUGGCUGGAAAGGAAGACAUUACUGAAGAUGAAGCCAAAGAAGUUCAUAGAAGUCUGAAAGUUGCUGCCGGAAUAUUCAAGCACUUAAAGGAAAGCCACAUUCCAAAGCUCAUCACUCCUGUGGAAAAAGGAAGAGAUCUGGAGACUAGAGUAAUAGAUGCCUAUACAGUUCAGUGCCAGGCAGAGGCUCAAGAAGUGACCAUCGCAAGAGCUAUUGAGCUGAAGCACAAUCCUGGCCUGAUAGCUGCCCUGGCUUAUGAGACUGCUAAUUACUAUCAGAAAGUUGAUCACGCACUCUCCUCACUAGAUCCAAUUUACAUUGGCAAAUGGAGGAGUUAUACUCAACUGAAGAUGUGCUUUUAUAUGGCCUAUUCAUACUGCUAUCAUGGUCAGACUUUGUUGUCCACCGAUAAAUGUGGCGAAGCUAUUCGGUCACUGCAAGAGUCAGAGAAAUUUUAUGGAAAGGCAGAAGCGUUGUGCAAAGAUUAUGGUCAGACAAAGGGUCCCGGCACCACAGCCAAACCAUCAGGACACUUGUUCUUCCGAAAGCUGGGGGCCUUAGUAAGGAACACGCUGGAGAAGUGCCAGAGAGAGAACGGCUUUAUCUUUUUUCAGAAGGUUCCUCCAGAGGCCCCACAGCUGGAACUGAAGGCUAACUAUGGUCUGGUGGAGCCUGUGCCUUUUGAAUUCCCUGCAAUGAGUUCCCAGUGGAGCCCAGAAACACACGCAGACUUUGAUCUCACUAAGCGGCCAAAAGAUGAUAAUGCUAAACCCAAGAAAGAAGAAGAAGUGAAGCCGAUGAAGGAGCCGGAUGUAAAGCUGCAGAAGGACAGUGGAUGUCAGAUCUCCUGAAUGAAGCUCGUUCCUUCUCGCCCGGGUUGCCCACAUCACUUCCCUCUGCAGCAAAACACAAACUACAGUUUCUUGCAGCAAUUCUUGCCGGUUCACUAAAGGUUAAUACUAUUCCUUUAAUUGGGCGGCCAGUUUAA